AUGCCCCUCGUCGACGGCAAAUAUGCCAUCGCAUCGGCCGUAGUCGCAUUCGUCAGCUGGGCGCUGCUCACGGAUCUGCUCCCAACACUGCGCUAUGUCCCGCACGCCUUCAUCGCCGGCACGCUGAGCGCCAUCUUGGGCGCCCUGUACCUGAUCGCGACCACUUCCAGGGGGGCCAUACACGCGCGGAGGAAAGAUGAGGGAGCAUACGCACCGCCGCGGCUGGCCUUUGCGGUGCGCGGUGUCUGGGAAGAGGAGAAGGCGGCGCUGAAGGGACGCGAGGAAUACCGACGGCCGACAAUCUUCCCUGAAGCACUGCACUUCUCCAAGGCGGUGGACGCUCUGCUCGAUCUCAUGCUGCGCGACUAUGUGACCAGCUGGUAUGGAAACAUCAGCAAACGUCCGCUGUUCCAGCAUGAGAUCGACCGCUGCAUUCGGGCUGUGCUGCUGUCCAUCGCCGCCAGAUUGACAGAGCUGGACAUCGUCGAGCUAGGCAUAUCACGGGCGAUGCCCAUCAUGACCUCGCAUCUCAACGACUUCUACGAUGCGGAACGCGCUGUGAGAGGGAAGGAUCUCUCGAAUAAUGUCACCGAGAGCGACGAGCUGAACACUGCCAUUGCGAGCAAAUACAGAGGCGGGAAGCUACAUCCCGUCGCUGCCUUGUCUCGGUCAGAUACUGGCGCCUCGUCGCAGGUCCACUUGCGAGAGCUGAUUGAGAAGAUCCUCCCCGCUGUGCUGCCUUCCAACAUGAAGACCAGUCCCGCUGUAACUGCUCUGAUCCGCGAGAUUGUCACAUGCGCGGUGCUAGCCCCGAUCAUCAACAUGCUCGCUGACCCGGAUACCUGGAAUCAAAUGAUUGUCAACUAUGGCGGUGCUACACUCCAGGAUCGGAAGACUGUACGGAGAGUGCGUGCCGCACUAGACCAACAUGCUCCAGCAUCUGCCCGUGCCACCAGAAGCAGUCAAUUUCCACGUUUACGACCAUACGACAGUGAGCGUCAGUUUGAGCGUUUCAUUCGAUCCAUCAGGCACGUCAGCACCCUCAUCGAUGCUAGACGGUUCCGCAGCGAGGUCAUGAGCCAGCUUCGACGCGAUGCGCAGCUCGGGGAUCAGGAUGUUGCGUAUUUGCGCCGGCUCGAGACUGGACGGCGUCUUCUCGAUCAAAGAAUUGCCACUCUGUCUAAACCUGGCAACGGUCCCGCCAAACAACGGCCAGCUCUGGCUGGCCAGCCUUCGACGGGUGGCGAACAUGCCACCACUCGGAAGCGUAAGGCGUCCCUUCGCGAGGUCAUCUACGAUGCCGCUGGCCUGAGCUACUUCAUGGAAUACAUGGACCGCCAACGGCUGAUGAAGUUGGUUCAGUUUUACCUCGUUGUAGACGGCUUCCGAGGUCCACUCGAAGGAGACGUUGAUGAGUCGCCUCCCAGCGUUGCCACAGACCCUGAACGCAUGAACAUAGCACAGAUGUAUGCAGAGUAUCUAAGCAAGCGUGAGCUUCAGGUACCGGAGGAUGUUCUCAAACCUGUGAAACAGUAUCUCAAAGCAGGCUCGAAAGCAAACACCUCAGACUAUGUGCAUGCUCGAAGAGCCGUGCUGCAGACGCAGACGAGAGCAUACAACAUUAUGAAAGAGGAGCACUUCGAAGCCUUCAAGCGAUCAGACCUCUUCUACAAAUGGCUGGCCAUCGACGACAAUCCAGCAUUGGCAGCUGCUUCCAACGCUCGCGAAGCUGAGUCUCGAUCUGCGCACAGCGCCGUCACGAGCGAGGACUCGCCUGUGCUCUCUCGCCGGCCACAGCUGAACUGCUUACAGAAGGAGCCCGAGCUUAGAAGGGCCGUGCUGUCUUCCACUGACCUCAAGGCAAGUGCACGCGCAACUUCGAGUAGCAGCUUGUUCAGCGACACCCCGCGCCGCUCUUUAGAUGACACCACUGCUAGUAGCCGCCCCUCACUCUUCGAUGAUGACAUGGACGAUGGCGCAAUGAUCAAUUCUACAUCCAGCCUACGAAGCUAUGAAUCCGAUGGCGAGUCAGCUCGGCAUGCCCAAGAAGAGGCAAAAGCUGUCCGAGAGAUGGAGUCAGCCCUUGAGAAUAUCGUAGGGAACGGUCACGAUGGCGAUUCCUUAUUCUCCGAGACAACAGGAAGAAGAUCUGUGGACGACAUUGAAAGGCACCCAUCUCCAGACAUCCCGCAGCGACCCUCACUGCCGUCGCAUUUGUCGUCCGAACGGGGUAAGCCUAGCAUUGCGUCUCUUGGCCUAGUCGGUGCUCCUUCUAGCAGAGGCGUGUUUGUUGACGAUCUUUUCGGUGACGAGAGCGAGAAGUUUGCAGAGGACGAGCGCGAAGACUCGAACGGACCAGACGACAGUGGUGAUGACAAAGUACAGGAAGCUGCACCAGGCGAUCUUGGCUUAGCAGAAGCCAUCGAUGUGCUCAAUGCCGAGAUAGAGAGGCUCAACGCACAGCGUAACGUGCUAGACUCGUUGACGGCGAAAGCUGAACUCACCAAUAACGCUGCUGAGCUUCGAAUCUUGCGCAAGUCAGAGCAAAGUUUGCAGCGUGAGAUCAAGCGGAAGGAGAUGCAGAAGCGGCAGUACGUUGUGCAAGAGAGUGACAACAGUCUGUAUGGUCGUGCAGCGAUCAGUAUCAAGUCUGUCAUGGUCGGUCGUGAGGAAGACGGACAUGAGUUUGCGUUAUAUGUGAUCGAAGUCCGCAGACAGGCUGGGGAGCAAAUGCCGUCGGCCACUUGGGCAGUCACACGGAGGUACAGCCAGUUCCAUGAGCUGCACAAACGACUCAAGGCGCGCUUUCCCAACGUCAAGGACCUCGAUUUCCCACGACGUCAAACACUUUUCACCCUGCAAAAGGACUUCCUGCAGAAGCGCCGUGCUACGCUGGAACGUUAUCUUCGAUCAUUGCUGCUGGUGCCGGCGAUUUGCCGCAGUCGCGAGCUGCGCGCUUUCCUGUCUCAAUCGGCCAUCGCUUCGAAUGGUGGCAGCGGCACUGAGGCAGAUGCCAAAGAUUUUGUCACCAGGAUUUACAACUCAGUAUCGGAUGGCAUGGAAGAGUUCCUCGGUAACAUUCCAGUGCUCGACCAGCUUUCCGUGGCAGGGCAGAAUCUCAUAUCUGCGGCAACAUCGCAAAUCGGUGGUGGAUCUCCCGUUGACAGCUUAGACCCUGCCGUCCAAGAUCCUGCCACUACUGCUGAGGCUGAGGCUGAGCUGAACGCAUACGAGAUCAAGGAGGUAGAACCUUUCGUGAAGCCAAUCUGUGACCUCUUUCUGGAGACCUUCGAGCUGUCAAAAGGUAACAGCUGGCUUCGUGGGCGGACUGUGGUCGUGGUACUGCACCAGCUGCUCGGAGGCACAAUCGAGAGGAAGGUGCGGGAAACAGCGCGUAACGCACUGGAAGACGAAAGCAUGGCACGCUACGUCGAAACUCUCAAGGGCACUAUGUGGCCAAGUGGCAAGAUGCGCCCACCCUCUAUCACCCGGACCGCGCAGGAGAAGUCGAGGACAAGACAAGAAGCCGGGAUCCUACUGGCCGCUCUGGUGCCUGACAUUGCGGGAAGUGUAGUUGGUAAGGCUAAUGCGCAGGCUGCGAGUCGAAAGAUCAUGGCCAUGUUGAACAACCCGAGGUUGAAUACCCAUUUGAUCUUCACGCUAGUAGAUGAGAUCGUGCGCAUCGUGUUCUCCGAGGUAUCAGACAAGUAA